AGAGAUGAAUAAAGAUGGCCGUGCACGAGGUAAACGGCAGUUUGAGUUGUGUAUUUUUGGGGCAGCUUGUUUUUGCCUGUCAGUGUGCAGAACAAGCUGAACGUGAUUCCAAACAAGAGCAUCUUUUCUUCCAGUCAGUUUUUCUCACCGUUCCUGGUGGCGCCCCGUGCAGGAGGAGCAGUGGCGCGUGUCCCAGGUAGCGCAGCGUGCAGUUCUCACUGGAACACGAUCAUCUUCCCGCUGUGUGGAAUAGAGCAGAGAAACAGGAGGGAAUUUACCGUCGCGUCUUCCUGAGAAAAAGCUCAACACGCGAGUCAUCGAUCCCGGACAGCGCGCGCACCAGCUCGAGCCCGCAGCCCGGCAUUCACACAUCGCAGUGUGUAGUGAGAUGCUGUGGUCAGACUGUAAAGUUCUGGAGGCUGUUAAAGGAAGGUGGAGGUCAAGGCGAGGGUUCAUGCGUGGUUCACGGCUGAAGCUCACUUGCUCCUUCUGGUUUGUUGUGUUGUUCGGUGCUGGUGGUCUGAUACUCUUCAUCCACCUACAGGAUCUGUCAGAGAUGGUGCAGCAGCAGGGACCAGGGGUCAAUUUCAAUGGCUUGACAUGGCAGAUGAGAGAGGAGCUGUGUGCCCAACAUGACCGCAACAUCACAGGCAGAGUGGCUUCAGUUAAUUCGGGAAGACAGUCCAGACCUGACGAACCGAGUGAUGAUAACUAUGCCUCAAUGAUACAGUUUCCAGCUUUCAAUUGGACCAAACCAAAUCAAGUUUCUCAUCGUGUUACAAAACGCCACAGGAAACUUCUCAAGACCAACGCAGCAAUCCGGACCCUCUCCAACUCCUCGCCGUCAUCAGAGACCACACCGAAAAGUUGGCAGCACUUCUACCAAAUGCAGAAAACUCGUCAUCAGCUGAUCAAGGAAGUCUGUGCGAAAUACCGGAGCAACAUCUCGCGGACAAUAACACCACACCAGGUGUCUCGCAUCUAUGUUGAGGACAGACACAAGCUGCUCUACUGCGAAGUGCCCAAAGCAGGCUGUUCCAACUGGAAGCGAGUUCUGAUGGUGCUUGCUGGUGUUGCGUCCACCACACACAAGAUAAACCAUGACACUGUUCACUACGGCAACCACCUAACACGACUGGACAGCCUUGACCAGGAUGCGGUUUCUGAGCGCCUCCAUUCCUACACUAAGGUGCUGUUCAUUCGCGAGCCGAUGGAGCGUCUGGUUUCAGCGUUCAGGGACAAAUUUGAGAGCCCAAACUCAUACUAUCACCCUGUGUUUGGCAAGCCAAUUAUCUCCAAGUACAGGGUGAACGCAUCUAAAUCAGCACUUAGGACAGGAAGCGGUGUCACUUUUCAGGAGUUUAUCCGCUACUUGCUGGAUGUACACCGUCCCAUUGGCAUGGACAUCCACUGGGAGCCUGUAAGUCAGCUGUGCAGUCCAUGCCUGCUAGAUUACGAUUUCAUUGGCAAAUUUGAGACCAUUGAGGAAGAAGCUAACUUCCUCUUAAAGAGAGUGGGUGCUCCAAAAAACCUCACAUUCCCUACUUUCAAGGACAGAAACCCUGAAGCUGCGAGGACUACCACGCACAUCACACAGCGUUACUUCACACAGCUCAGUGCUUCAGACAGGCAGAGAGUAUAUGACUUUUACUAUAUGGACUAUCUAAUGUUUAACUACUCCAAACCUUUUCAGGAUGUGUAUUAACCAACUGACGGUCAUCAUUGUCAUGGUUGCUGUGUAAGAAUUAUAUUGUAGUAGUUCAUUGUUACUUCACAUCAAUAAUUUUGCACUUAACGCAUUCCAAUUUAGUCUGAAUGACUGUUUAGAAAUGAUACCAAAUGCAUUGUUCCGUGCUCGGUUAUACACUCUAUACACUCUAUACACAAUGCAGUGCAAAGUAUUUAUCCUGGCUAAUCCUCUUGAUGUAACACCCUACAGUACAUUCAUGAUUGUAUUUAAAUAUAAUGCUUUUAAGUAUCCCAGUGUCACUAUAAUCUUGUAUUAUUGUUAAAAAAAAAUGUGAUUCAGAUAACUAUAUAUUUUUCUAUGUAUUCGUAUCAUGGCUUUACUGUAUGUGUAGCUGUAGGUUUGUGAAUGCCAGCAAUCUUACAGAGAUACAAGAGAUACACAUGCAAAGCUUGUUCAAAUUUCUCUCAAAUUUAGAAGUUUAGAAGAAGCUAAGUUCCAACUAACCAAACUGCUUCUCUUUAUCGUUGCGAGGAUCAUUUUUGGAUUGCAGUGAUGCCACAAACAUUUGCACAGAUUUGUCUGAAGUAAGCAACCUUACAAAGAAGACUUCCAUCAGAGUCUGAGAGCACAUGUCAGCUUUUAUAUUUGUGAAUAAAUAGUAUUGUGAUAAGUCGUCCAAAUGUUGUAUAGUACAC